UAUCCUGAAGAUUAUAUUCCUUCAGAAACAAGUAGGCGAUCGCUUCCUCCACAAUUAUAUUUAUCCCUGCCUACCUAGCCUAGCAACAUGGAAGUCUCGAUCCUCUCAAGAGAAAUCGUGAAGCCAUCUACACUACUACCCGCUCAACUCGUCGAGCCCUUGAAGCUCAACCUGUUGGACCAGCUAACUCCCAUGAGUUACUCUCCACUCGUACUCUUCUACCCAAACAACAACAGUGCUCAGUCGUCCUCCUUCAGAAACAUCUCCAACCGCCUCAAGUGGUCACUCUCCGAAGCACUCUCCCUCUACUACCCAAUGGCCGGCAGGGUCAGGGACAACUACGCCAUCCACGACUUCGACCAAGGGAUCCCCUACCUUGAAACCCACGUCAAGGGCCACUUGUCCGACUUGCUCACUAGCUCCGCCAAUGCAUCCGUGUUGCCAAAGCUAAACGACUUCCUCCCCUUACCAACCUUCCGCCGGGCCCCCGACUCCGGCCCACAGGUCGCGGUCCAGCUCAACGCCUUCGAGUGUGGUGGGCUGGCCCUCGGGAUCUGCUCCUCGCACAAGACCCACGACGGGGUUGCCGGCAGCGCCUUCCUCCGGAGUUGGGCGGCCAUCAACGCGGACCACGUUCAGAACGUGGCGCAUCCGAGUUUCGAGGAAGGGCCGUUGACUUUCCCUCCCAUCAAGUCAAUGCCACGUCAUUAUGCAUCGUUGACCGAGGAUCUCUGGUUCGGGAGGGGAGGGGAGCCGGUGAUGACGAGGAGGUUCGUGUUCGGGCCCGAGUCGGUGGCCGAGCUGAGGGAACGAGUCAAAAAGAAAGCGCUCGAGAAGUACUCGACCCGGGCGGAGGCGGUGUCGGGUUUCCUGUGGAAGUCAAUUAUACACGCGUCGAAUUCUGGGAACCCCACUCUUUUUACUCAGAGUGUGAACCUCAGGAGGCUGACGAGGCCGCGUUUGGCGAAGCAUUCGUUCGGGAACCUGGUCUUGUUCUCGGACUCUAGCUAUGAUCAUCAUCAUCAUGGUGGCAACGAACAAGGCGCGAGGGUUGGUGAGCUGGCAAUGCUGGUUAGGAAAGGGGUUUCGGAGAUGGACUAUGAUUACGUGGAGAGGUUGCGUGGGGAGGAAGGUUCCGAAGCUAUUUUCGAGUACUAUGAGAGGCAGGCGGAGAUUGAAGACGGGCAAACGGACGUGUACAACUUCUCUUGCUGGCAUGGGUUGGAUUUGACUAAGACCGAUUUCGGGUGGGGUCCGACCGUUUGGGUUGGAUUGAGUACUAGUGGGGCCGGGGGAGGAGGCGAUGAUGACGACGAUGCGGUGCCGUAUUGUUCGAACUCGGUGGUUCUGAUGGAGGAUGGAAGGAGUAAGGAUGGGAUGGAGGUUUGGUUGACUUUGGAGGAGCCGGUGAUGAGUGCACUGGAGAACGACGUGGAGUUCUUGCAAUUUGCCUCGUCGGGAUCGGCCAUCUUGCCUCCAACCUGUGCGUCGUAGCUAGUAUCAACGAGCUCAUUGAAGGUUUCGUUGAUAUUAAUUUCUACGUCCAUGCGUCAAGUCGUUAAUAAAAUUCUCCUUGUCAAGAGAAUAUUGGCUAAAUUACACGUUUGGUCACUCAAAUAAUCAAAUUAUACAAGUUUUUCACAUUUGCUACCCGAAUCACUUUUCUUUCUUAUUCGCCAUUAACUUAUGAAUCGUUUCACCGUUAGCACUGGCCGUCAGUCUCCGUUAGAUACCGUUAACACCGUUAAAUUUUUGAUGAUGUGGCAAACAAAAUAGCUGACUAGAC